AUGGCUAGUUCUUUGACUCUCCCCGAUUCCAGAACAUUGGCUUACGCUUUGGACUCGUCACCGAAAGAAGGACCCCUCAUCAUUUUGUCAAACUCCCUCACUGCACCACUUUCAGUGUGGGAUCACGUCGUCAAGGUCCUCAACAGCAAUGGUUAUCGCACUCUACGCUACGAUCAGCCCGGCCAUGGCGGAUCAUCCGCACCAAAGGACCUAAGCCCUACGUUUGACUCUAUGGCUGAAGACGUCCAUCAUCUUCUCAAGAAGCUCGAGAUCAACAAGGUCUACUCAUGGAUCGGAGUAUCAAUGGGCGCAUCGGCGGGUGUAUACUUCACAACCAAGUAUCCCAACGUGGUAAGCAAGCUCGCCAUCUGCGACACCAUCUCUUCAUCGCCCAUCAACGCCGGCACAGAAGAUGCCUUUGGUCCGCGCGUUGCCGCAGCCCGAGAAGCAGGUAAUCUCGACGCAACGAUCCAAGGCACUCUAGAGCGAUGGUUCGGCAAAGAAUGGCUCGAGAAAAACCCUCAGGAAACACAGCGUAUGCGAACAGUCAUGUCUGGAACCACGAUCGAUGGUUUCGAAGCAUGUUGUAACGCACUGAGAAGCGAGACCUUUGAUCUUCGACCGAGGUUUGCCAAGAUUGGUUCGAGUGUUGAUGAUGCGAUUUGUAUCGUUGGCGAGAAGGAUGCGAAUCUACCAGAGACUAUGAAGGAGAUGAGAGAUAAGAUCAAAGAGGGGUUUGAAGCAGCGGGUAAAAGCAACAAGAUUGAUUUGGUGAUUAUCAAGAAUGCUGGCCAUGUUUCGUUUGUAGAUGGGUUUGAGCAGUUCACCGCUGAGGUGUUGAAGUGGUUGAAAGCCUGA